UAAUUUCCUCUUAAAAGGAUUUUUGUGUGUUUUUAUAUAGGUUAAGGACACGUUCUGGAUUAUUUCCUUUCAAAAUAAAUCACUGCACUAGUUUAAAUAUUAGGCUAUCAAUUGUGUUCAUAAGCUCUAUAGUCACAGUUUAUUUUAUUACAUACCCUGAUUAAACGUGUUAAGACACUAUUUGAACUAUAGGCUAUGUGAACCAUAAUGGGUCUGCAGUGUCACUUUAAAGGCAACUGGUCAAAAUGUGACUGUUGGCUUGUCCUUUAUACUCACUGAAAUGAGGAGGUCAACACAAAUAACAAUCAACAGAAAUAAUCAAGCCCUCACAAAACACCCUCUCUAUCUCUCUCUCAUUCUCUCUGUCUAUCUCUCUCUCUCUUUCUGUUUAUCUGUGCAUGUGUGUGUGUGUGUGUGCGCGCACGUUUGGUUGUGUAUUGUGACCUUCUCAUGGCUAGCGUAAUCCUUGCUAAUCCAAGUCCCUAAGUGAUUCCAUGGCACAGUGCUUGGGAAUGCUGCACUGUUGCCGUUCUACACCUACAACCACCGCUGACGGGGACAUGGCCCUCAAAAGCUCACAUCUCUCUCUUCUCCUCAUCAGUUUGUGUUCAACACUGCUGCUCUGCUCGGCAUGCCCCUCGCUGUGCUCAUGUAUGUAUCAAGGGGGCAGUAAUGACACUGGACUCAGAUUUGUGGAGUGUAAGGAUCCGGCCAUCGUUAUGGUCCCAGCAGACGUACCAUCAGAUACCUUCAAGCUGAGGUUGCAGAAGACAUCAGUUGUUCGUGUGCCAAAGGCUUCCUUUUCAUCACUCGGGCGACUUCUGUACCUGUGGCUCACCUACAACUCCAUCACAACACUUCACCCACGUAGCUUUGCCAAUCUCUCCGCCCUCCACGAACUGCGAUUGGAUGGGAACCUCCUGUCAGUCUUUCCCUGGGAUGCACUUAGAGACAUGCCCCGCCUCCGCACGCUGGGACUUCACAACAAUCGCUUAACCCGGAUCCCUGUGCAUGCAGCACGUUACCUUGGUAACAUCACUUAUUUAGAUCUGUCAAGUAAUAGACUGACCACCUUGCCCAAUGAAGUGAUUGCUGGCCUGCCCUUCUAUCCACCCUUCGACCCUGCUCAGCCCCAAAGGAGAGUAGUGCUGGGUCUGCAGGAUAACCUGUGGGUGUGUGACUGUCGUCUCGCUCUUCUUUUGGAGUUGAGUAGAACAACGGAAUCGUAUCUUGUUCUGUUGGACCGCUAUAUCGUGUGUAGCGGCCCAAAGGAUUUUUCAGGCGUUCCUUUCCAGAGUGUGGAACUGCCUCACUGCGUCAAACCCUCUGUUUUGACCUCCACCACAAAGAUCACCACUCCGCUAGGAAGUAACGUGAUGGUGCGGUGCGAAGCGACAGGCUUUCCCACACCAGCUCUCAUCUGGAUCAAAUCGGCAGGCCCCAACGACAGUAACACAGCAUGCUGCAGAGAUAUCAACGCAACAGCACUAAAAGAGAAAUUGCCACGGCGUUUGCCAAGUUUCCUCCAGAACUCCCCACAGGUGGGCCUCCGGUGGUCCGUCAUCAGCCUGAACGGGAUCUCGUACGGAGACGCUGGGGAGUACCGCUGCAGGGCACACAACAUGGCGGGCUCCUCUGAGGCGUCCAUCAGCGUGGACGUAGUCAGAGUCGUGGCCAAAAAAUCAGCAUUCAAGACACCUGCCCAGAAACUCAGGAAUGGAUCGCCCCUUCCCCCUCCCUCACGAAACGGUCCCUCCGUUUCAAACGCUUCCCCCGGGCGGUACAUGAACGCCCCCAAAGCCAGCCGGGAUAAAAUGAAAAGGGAAAAGAUGAAAAGGAACAAGAUGAGCGCCCUGCAAAUGCAAUGACCUCUCCUUUGCAUUUUGGAAAUACAUUUUUACUGAAUGUUUUUUGUUUGAACUUUAAAAACUUUAGUGUGGAUGUAUACCAGUUCUGUCUUGUAUGUUGUAUGAUAUGUGAUGUGCUUCUAAGAGGCUAAUUGUUCCAAUUUGAUCCAUUUGCCUCCUCUUAAAGACAGUCAUUUCCCCACUCACCCAGUAGGAUUUCUCAUCAUUAGAACAGAAGAUGGCUGGGCUGAUGAGUUCUUCCAUUCUUGCCAAAGGUCGUUGACCUCUGUGCCUUACUGUAAAUGGCCUCUCUCUACAGUGGCACCUGCAGUCCAGUUCUGUGGAGACUCUAACUUAAGGUCACUGGAUCUGCUCACUGUCUAGUUGUUAAGCUGUUGCUUGUCUAAGGGUCAUGCCUUGGAUUCCUUUCACAAUCUGUUCAUGUAUUGAAUUCGCUUGUAAAUGAAAUGGGAAUAUAUUUGUGUAGUAUUAAUUGUGUCAUCUACAGUUCAGUACGGGCAGUGAUAUAUGACCAUAUGAUGCAAUUGAUAAAUGGAAAAUGUUUGACAAAGAUCUUAACUGAAUGAUUUAAUCAGACAAAAACCCUCAGAGCAGGUCUCAAAACGACUAGGUGAACUACUGAAAUUAUGAAUAUGUGAUAGUGUGUUAAUACUGCAAGGACUGUGAUUGAUUGACUGUGUUAAUGUUUUCUAAAAGAGAGGACGAUUCAGUAAAAUAAUGCAACUCUGAAUGUGUUUGUUAAAGUGGUUAUUAUUUUAUUUUCUCACACCUUUAGAUGGAGAUGAGCUGCUGUUCUUCAGUUUGUGGUGGAAUUGUCACCAACUGCAGCACUGUAUUUCGGAAAUAAGGAAGAGAAACUUAUUGUAUAACGAAAUAGAAACUGAUCUGAGGCUCUGUGUCAUUCGGUGCUACUGCGGUACGGAGUCUUUGGAAUAUAAUCACAGUGACCUGGAGGUUUUUUUUCCAAGGUGUUUUAGAAUAAUGUUGUCUAGAUGCCAAGUUAAUUUUCAUUUGGCACUUCCAACAAUAAUAUAAUUCCGGUAUAAUGGGUUUCAAACAAGGAUUUAAUCGGACCAAGAUUCUAAUUGUGAAUAGUUGUCUUUGUUGCAUUGACUCAAUGCAUGAAUGUGUAUGUGAAUGAAUUUGAAGUUUUACUGGUUUUUGUUAACCUUCCAAAACAAAGAAAUUAUCUUUUCUUCA